GCCCUUCAUCGUGAAACAAUUUUUCCAUCACUUAUAUCAGCCAAGGCUAUAUCAAGAUACUACCAGGAACGUCGUUUUUGCGGGGUUUCAGUUAUAGUUGCUAGGUUCACCCCGUGUUAAGUUGUGCUGUGCAUCUGGAUUUAAAGGCACUACGGUCCCAUGGCGAAAUUCCCGGACUCUCUCGUAGUCGUUCACUUCUGAUUUCCAUCUCCCUCGCCCUGCAACGAAGCGACAAUGCGUUUCUUCCAGUUCUUGACAGCAGCGUCGCUGGCAGCGCUUAGCAGCCUGCCAAGCGUCUCGGCACUCCUUGCCUUCCCUGGCGCUGAGGGUUUCGGACGAAAUGCGGUCGGUGGAAGGACGGGAUCAGUGUACCAUGUCACAAAUCUGGACGAUGAAGGCACUGGAUCUCUCCGCGAUGCCGUGUCGACAACUAACCGCAUUGUGGUUUUCGACGUGGGCGGCACCAUCAAUAUCACGGAUCGGAUUGUUGUCUCAAAGAAUAUCUACAUUGCCGGGCAGACCGCCCCUGGUGACGGCAUCACAGUCUAUGGCAACGGAUUGUCAUUCUCCAACGCUGAUAACACCAUUGUGCGAUACAUUCGCCUUCGCAUGGGAAAGGGCGGUGAUUCUGGCAAAGAUGGCGUCACAAUCGCGGAGGGAGAGAACAUGAUCUUCGACCAUGUCUCGGUUACCUGGGGGCGCGACGAGACAUUCUCCAUCAACGGCGAUGUAUACAACGUCACAAUCCAGAACUCGAUCAUUGGCCAGGGCUUGGAGACGCAUUCGUGCGGUGGGUUGAUGCAGAGUGACUAUGGCAUCAGUCUGUUCCGAAACUUGUAUAUCGACAACAAGACUCGGAAUCCCAAGGUGAAGGGCACGAACGACUUUCAGAACAAUGUUGUUUAUAACUGGGGUGGAGGCGGUGGUUACAUCGCAGGAGACAGCGCGGGCGAGAGUUUCGCGAACAUCAUCAACAACUACUUCAUUUCCGGCCCCAGCACGAGCGUGACAGCUUUUACCCGCGGCAACGAAAACUUCCACGGCUACGUCUCCAACAACUUGUACGACAGCGACCGCGACGGCAUCCUCAACGGCGUCGUCCUCUGCGUUGCCACCACCUGCUACAGCCCCAUGGACAUCGUCACCACCCAAUACGACUACCCCACCCCGACUAAGCUUCUCACCCCUGACGACGCACUGACCUACGUGCUCGCCAACGCGGGCAACACCUUUCCCUCCCGCGACGCUGUCGACGCGAGACUUGUGGAUGAAGUCAAGAGCUAUGGAAAGACGGGCGAGCUGAUCAGCGACGAGACGGUCAGCCCUAUGAACGGGCCGGGAUAUAUCGCCGGCGGCACUGCGCCGACUGACACGGAUGGGGAUGGGAUCCCGGAUGAGUGGGAGACCGCGAAUGGACUGGAUGCGAGUGACGCGAGUGAUGCUAUGGCGAUUGGAAGUACCGGGUAUGCGAAUAUUGAGGUUUAUGUCAAUUCGCUUGUACCCUCUACUUACUAGGCGCGAUGUGUUGGCGCAGUGACUUUAGGGAAAUAAACCCAUGCCAUGUUGCAGCGGAUAGAAACAUGCAAAAUAUGCGGCCGUCUUCCCAAGUUCAGCCCGUCAUUGAUCUCGCAGUUGCGGUUAAUACCCACGAG